AUGAGUGGUAAAGAUAAAACCAUAAGACGUGUUGACAUACACGGGGCUGUACGGGACACUGUCACCACCACAUGUAAAACCAGGCCUAGUGACAUCACAGUGACCAGACAGGGAGAACUGGUAUACAGUGAUGGUCCCAAGAGAACUGUGAACAUUGUCAGACACGAGAGAAUAGAAACACUGAUAACUACAGCACAGGGCUGGCAUCCAGGUCAACUAUGCUGUACUAAGUCAGGGGGCAUUCUGGUCAGUGUGUGUACUACUGAUAAAAGCCAAUAUAAAAUUGUACAUUAUCAGGGACACGCAGUGAAACAGGAAAUAUAUAGAGAUGAAGAAGGAGAACCAAUCUAUAAUGGAGGGAAAUACCUGCUGUAUGUGGUGGAGAACAACAAUGGAGACAUCUGUGCCUCUGAUCGUAAUGCUUCCUCCAUGGUCGUGGUGGACAAGUCAGGAAGAGUUCGUUUCCGAUACGAUGGUACACCAGCCAGGAGGAGGAAGUCAUUUAAUCCUAAACACAUAGUGACAGACUCCAUGGGUCAGAUCAUUGUGGCAGAUAUGAACAAUGACUGUCUACACAUCCUGGAUCAGAACGGACAGUUCCUGAGAUGUGUGGACAAUUGUGGACUAGAUUAUCCUGAUGGACUGAGCGUGGACAGUAAGGGGAGGCUGUGGGUAGGGUUAUAUCAGUCAGAAGUGAAAGUGAUUCAGUACAUGAAAUAA